AGCAAUAGCAUCAUCAUUCACACACACGCACACACAGAUGGGUGGCUUAGUGGGAUUUCUCUUAGCCUUGGUAGCGAUAACUUCACUGCUUCCAGCUUACGCUGUUGGUGGCACCACCAGGAGCUAUGAGUUUAACAUUAAGCUGCAAAAUGUUACACGACUGUGCCACACAAGGAGCAUGGUGACAGUGAACGGGAAAUUUCCAGGUCCUCGGAUCGUUGCUAGGGAGGGUGAUCGCUUGCUUAUCAAAGUUACAAAUCACGUCUCCAAUAAUAUUACAAUCCAUUGGCAUGGUAUUCGACAGCUACGUAGUGGAUGGGCCGAUGGGCCAUCAUAUAUAACACAAUGCCCCAUACAAACAGGGCAAAGUUACGUGUACAAUUACACUGUUGUUGGACAAAGAGGAACGUUGUUUUGGCAUGCACAUAUAUCAUGGCUACGAGCAAGUGUUUAUGGCCCUCUCAUCAUUCUUCCAAAGCUUCAUGUCCCUUACCCUUUUGUCAAACCCUAUAAAGAAGUUCCCAUCAUCUUUGGGGAGUGGUUUAAUACUGAUCCGGAGGCAAUCAUUGCUCAAGCAACACAAACUGGUGGGGGUCCGAAUGUUUCUGAUGCAUAUACCUUUAAUGGGCUUCCUGGACCUUUCUAUAACUGCUCUGCUAAAGAUACAUUCAAGCUGAAGGUUAAACCCAACAAGACAUACCUCCUGCGACUGAUCAAUGCAGCACUCAAUGAUGAACUCUUUUUUAGCAUAGCAAACCAUACCCUGAGAGUCGUUGAAGCUGACGCCAUUUAUGUAAAACCUUUCGACACUGAAACACUCGUGAUAGCCCCUGGUCAAACCACAAACGUCCUCCUUAAGACACAGUCAACGUUCCCUGGUGCCAACUUUCUAAUCUCCGCUAGACCAUAUGUAACAGGUCAAGGAACCUUCGAUAAUUCCACGGUUGCUGGUAUUCUUGAAUAUGAAUCAUCCAUUCCUAUGAAAAACCUCCCACUCUUCAAACCUACAUUACCAUCUUUAAAUGACACUUCUUUCGUGACAAAAUUUUCAAAUAGACUCCGAAGCUUGGCAAGUGCUCAAUUUCCAGCUAACGUCCCCCAGAAGGUUGACAAACAUUUAUUUUUCACCAUAGGACUUGGGACAACCCCCUGUGCGAAAAACAAAACAUGUCAAGGACCUAAUGGAACUAGGUUCGCAGCAUCUAUAAAUAACGUGUCAUUUGUUCAACCAAGUGUUGCCCUUCUCCAGUCUCACUUUUUUGAUCAAUCAAAGGGUGUUUAUAGUCCUUAUUUUCCUAUCAGCCCGUUGCAUUGGUUUAACUAUACAGGGACUCCUCCAAACAAUACCUUUGUGAGCAAUGGCACGAAAGUGAUGGUUCUUCCGUUUAAUACUAGUGUGGAGUUAGUCAUGCAAGAUACAAGCAUUCUUGGAGUUGAAAGCCACCCUCUUCAUCUCCAUGGAUUCAAUUUCUUUGUGGUAGGUCAAGGGUUUGGGAAUUACAACCCUAAGAAGGACUCGAAGAACUUCAAUCUAGUGGACCCUGUUGAAAGAAACACAGUAGGCGUACCUUCUGGUGGGUGGGUUGCCAUACGAUUUAUUGCAGACAAUCCAGGGGUAUGGUUCAUGCAUUGCCAUUUGGAAGUUCAUACCAGUUGGGGUUUGAAGAUGGCUUGGCUUGUCUUGGAUGGAAAACUUCCGAACCAAAAGCUUUUACCUCCACCAGCCGAUCUCCCAAAGUGCUGAAGUUACCUGUUUGACUCCUUUCAGCUUGAUUUUUGUCAACAAAUCAAUUUUAGAUUUGUAUUUUUCUACAUAUACACAAAUUACUUUUCUACUUCUUGACCUUGAGUUUCUAGCGAGUUGACUAGUAACGGGAAGAAGGCUCAUCAUUUGUAUAACCAGAGUUACGUUCAUAAAAUUAAAACCAUGUUGUUGGGAUAAA